GACUAUGAUUGGCUGAUUUGCUUCCCGCGACUUUGUGCCGCCAUUUUGCUUUGGUAGCGUUAAACCAUGUCGGACACCGAAUUAGGAGCCUCAUCAACUUUGGGAGCGGGGGAUCAACCUGUCCAAAACCAGAAAGACCGCAUUGAUAAAGAAAAAAAUGAAGAGGAAAGAGUUGAUGGUGAACAGAAGGAAGAAAAGCAAACGCCAAAGAAAAGUGCAAAGAAAUCUCCAAAAAAAGUAGAGAAGAAAGAACAAAAUGAUGAGUCAGACGAGGGAGAUGAGGAAGAGUUGGGCUUGCUUGAACGUCCAGUCAUCAUAGAAUCAGGCAAGAGAGAAAGAAAGAAAACAGAAAGACUGGAGGCCACAUUAUCAGUAACUCCAAAAGACAAGAAAGUGGAAAUUAAAGAAGGAGUUGGAAUCAAGCUAGGGGCAUGUGUAAGAAUUGAACAUUUUUUGAAUAAAACGAAAUCAGAAGAAUUAAAACCUUUGCAUCGGAUUCUGUACAACAGAGUUGGAUCCGCAUCAGAGAUCAAGAAAAAUAUCCGCCAGUUUUCUGGUUUUCCAUUUGAAAGUGACUCAACAGAGUUUGAGAAAAAAGUUGCAUCUUUAAACAAAUACCACAUACCAGUUUUAAAGCUAAUUUGUGAGGUGUUGGAUUUGGAGAAGUCUGGGGCAAAAGAUACCAUUGUUACACGUAUAAUGGACUUCCUAAUGAAUCCUAAGGAUUCUGGCAGAGCUCCUCCAGCACCUAAGAAAAGGAAAUCUUCGGGUAAAAAAGAAGGCAAGGGAAAGAGAAAAAGGAAAUCAGGAGAGAAGAAAAAAGAGAACAAUGAAGAUGCAGAUGAUGAAGACGAUGAUGAUGAUGAGAUAAGUGAUGAGGAAGAGGAUGAAGAAGAGGAGGAGGAGGAAAAGCCUAAAAAGAAACAGAAAGUGGAAAAAACGCCGAAGAAGACUCCACAAAAGAAACCAAAAAAAGAACCAGCAAAGCCUAAAAAGUCCCCUCUUAAGAAAGCAACUCCGAAGAAAAAGAAAGCGCCAGUGUCCACAGAUUCAGAUGAAGACAGUUCAGAUGAUGAACCAUUGAUGAAGAAGCCAAAGGGACCACCAGUGGAUGAAGAGCUUAAAGAUGUUAUAAAGAAAAUCUUAGAUGGUGCCAACUUGGAAGAAGUUACCAUGAAAACUGUAUGUAAACAGGUUUAUGCAAAGUACCCAGAGUUUGAUCUUACAGACAGGAAAGAUUUCAUUAAAGCAACAGUACGGCAGAUCAUUUCAUGAGACUACAACAUUACAACUUACAUCAAUUAAGAGGAAGUGACCCAAGGUGUACAAAGUCUGCAGCCCAGUGCCUGUAGUGGUACUGCUAUAAAAACAUCGGAAAAGUGGAUGCUUGAAUCAGAAUGACAGCAGCAAAAACAUUCAAUGGAUGAAGAAAGCAUCUCAUUCGAGUUGGCUUUUGCCGUUUUGUAGAAAGUGGCAAGGACCAGUGGCUGCUCUUUUAUAUUUAUCGCUAAAAAUAGGCAGCAUUUGCCAGACAUUGGUUAGAAGGAUUAAAAAGCUGAUACUUAUCUAGACUUUUGUCCCAGACUCCAUCCUAGAACCAAGAAGAAUGUUCUGUAUAUGUAGUUGUAAUGCAAAUGUCCAGCAUUGAAAUGUACAGAGUUCUGCGACUCUUUUGUUAAGUUUCCAAUGAAGUAUGUGAUCUACCAGGGUGCACAUGGUAGUAAAUCCAAGUUUCCUAUAGUAUAUAUCCUGGCUUGUCAACUUGGCAAUUAUUGUAGUUCAUAUACAUUACUGAAGAUUUCUCAUCUAUUUUUUCAUCAGUUGCGGCUUUGCUUUUAACAGCGUCUUACAUAUGGCAACGGGAAGGCUAUUUGGGUACUUUAUUCCAGAUCGUCAGUGGCACUGUGAGUUAAUCACCAUUUUUUGUCGGGAUUUUAUUGGGUGCCAAAUUACCAUGAAAAAUGUGGCAGUCCAUUUUUGUUAUUUAAAGUGAAUUUUAGUAUAAUACGUAAAUCCCAAAGAAUUGUCAAGACAACUGAAAUUUGUGGCAGAUAUUAUUUUGCCUGUGCUGAUAAUGUUGGAUGUUGUGAUGUUUCAGAUGAAUGUGAUCAGUUUUGUAAAAUAAUCUUCAGCUAGAAAAUCUGUAGGUGUAUUUUGUGUUAUGACCUGAGAGGUCUCAAAGGUUGAUAAAAACCUGCUCUAGCAAGGUCACUCGUUAAGUGAUCUAGAAAAUUAAAACAAAGUUCUUAAUUUUAAUCUGCACAGCAGAAGCCUGUUCUGAAAAAUACCAUUAGGAAGCCAGAGGACAAACAUUUAAAGAUGUUUAUUCCUCUGUGAAAUUUACCAGUUAAGCUUUGUGCUGUCUAAAAAAUUUUAUUUUUAUAUAAUGGUGAAAAAAAUUUUGACCAGGGUUACAAUACUGGUGUUUUAAGUGAGUUGGGCAGUAUACAGGAAGCAAUUCAUUUCUUUUAGUUUUUACCUGUAAACUGGUUUUCCAUAGCCAACAGCAUAACUAGGUGGCACUUGCAGAUGUAAAUAUAGUUGUAGAUUUUUUUAUUCAAUGUUUUUAUCAUCCAGUGCUGUACUGUUUAGCCCAGCUUAGCGUGGAGCAGGAUUUAUUGUAAAAAAUAAAAGUACCAGUUCUCCA